AUGCCAUCUUCUAUACGCUAUCCUGUUGAGGCUUUUGUUCCUCAAGCUAACGGUUCGGGAACAACGGCUCCUCAACAACAGCAGACACCAAUCCGAAACCGUCCACUGGCACCUACUCCUCGACCACCGGUGGAGAUGCCGGCCACGAACGGAAGUGGCAGGGUUUUUUCUAGUAUAUUCCAGAGAAACCGUCCGGGAACACCUGCUCCUCAGCAACGGGAGGACAUGCAAACAGGAGGCGGUCCGAGAACGCCCACGCCCCGACAGCAGCAGGAAGUGCAAACCCAAAGAAGUGGCUCCGUGACUCCAGUUCCUCGACAACAGGAGGAGCUACGAACUCCUAGAAACGUUCCAAGGACUGAUACUCCUCGGCCACAGCAGAUACCAAUGCAAAAUGGAAAUGGUUCGCAAUCGGCGCAUGCAUCUCGCGAACCACCUUGCAAUUAUCCUUUGCUUAUGAAUAUCGAAUCACAGACAUAUAUUCGAUUUGAAGAGGCCGCGCGUUUCUUUGCGCAGCAAAGUAACAAUGCUGCACCUCUUCCACCUCAUCCACAUCAACCUAAUGGUCACCAUAGAAACUGGGCUCCUCAUUCGAACGGGCACAACGAUCCAUUUCCUCCCCAACCGAACGGACACGGUGACCAGGAUUCGGUGAGUGGAGAACUUAUCUUUCGUCCGCAGACAGCACCUCCUCCACCCAUGCUGCCACCUGAAGGUCUACCGGGAAGAUCGCGCUCGGACACGAUCAGGUCCGAAUACGCGUUUCCUUUUCCUCUUCCUUACUAUCAGCUAGGAAACAAUCAGUAUUGCCUCGACGAUUACUAUCCGACCGACCAGUACUAUCAACCCAAUGGCCAGGUCCCGUACCUGGUCAAACAAUUUGCACUAACUGUCCCUCCGGUUUCAUGGUGUGCUCCUGCUUAUCUACGCAAAACAGCACCAAAGAAGUUGGACGAUCCCGAAGCGAAGCUGUUUGUUGGAGAUCUUCCCAUCAGAAUGACAACUGAAGCCUUAGGUGAUGCAUUGGAGAAACGAUUCAGCCCAUUUGGAGAUUGCAAAGUCAAUGUUACAUGGAGAUUAAAGGGUGGAACUGAUGGCACUGUGAGGUCGUUGCCAACCGGUUGGAUUCAAUACAAGAAUGUGUUUGAGGCAGCGAAGGCAUUGGAUGUAGCGAAGGAACAAGGUUUCGCCAUUGGAAAUCGUCCAAUGAGAAUAGAUCGAGCUGAUGGCAAAAGAAUCUGUCGAAUGUGGCCAUCUAACCCGCAUGCAACACCUGGCCUUGACGAUUUUAAGAAUGCGAUCCGCCAAUACGUCCAUCAUACUAGCUUGGAUUCAGCAUAUCUGAUGUUGUGCCACGUCUCUGACAAGGUCGAGAUGGUUGACAAGAAUUACGGAGGCAGAAUAUUCACCGUACCUUCCGUAGGAAUUGUAUUUCGAUGGGUUGAGGACGCAAAUUACUCAGAGCAGAAAUUUUCUGAGUUUACACACAAAUUCAGGCUCAAGAUUGAGCAUGUCAACAGCGGUAUGCCAAGAUGGAGAGAAGGUCCCGUGAGUGUGAGAGUUCUGGACGCUCUCAUGCUAGACACUGGAGAAAAAUGGCAGGAAGAGCUUACACUUUCUCGUCGCCGUCUUCAAAGUAACGGUGAGAACUUCCCAGGCGGAAAGAUGGCCAACUAUCCGGAUCGCAUCAGCAAGAAGUUGAUCCCACGAAGUAUACUCGAACACCCUAGACUAAAGAAGGAUAUCCUGGAUUUCGACCCUGUCGACAACUUGGAAUGGCUGAACCUACAUCGAGAGCCUCCUACAGCUCUUGCCAGGGCCAUCAAUACCAAGAAAAUGCGUCAGAUAAAUGGCCACACCAACGGUCAUUGCAAAGCUGAAGUUAAUCAUGAGACAAAUAGUCAAGCCGAAGAUUCGAUUAACGGUGAAACCGACCAAUAUACAAAGGAUGCCUGA